UAAAUAAGGGAAAUAUUUAAUCACUCGUUUGAAUAAAACGACGUACGAAGGUGCUGCAUUCUGUUGACUCAAAUUUUCAGGUCUUUCGCUUCCGGUUAAUCAUGCCGUUUGAAAGGUUCGUCCAAACGGGCCGCGUUGCCUACGUGAGUGAUGGUGCCCAUCAGGGUAAACUUGUCACAAUCGUCGAUGUCAUUGACCAAAACAGGGUUCUUGUCGAUGGACCAAAAUCUAAUAUACCACGAGGCCAGAUGAGACUUAGCCAGCUGCAUCUGACUAAGUUUCGUUUGAAAUUUCCUUACACUGGCUCUACGCGUGUUGUGCGUAAAGCCUGGGAAUCCAGUAAAAUCGAUGAUCAGUGGCGUGAAACCAUGUGGGCUAAGAAGGUUGAAGCUAAGAAGAAGCGUGCAACACUUAGCGAUUUUGAUCGUUUUAAGCUAAGAAAAGCUAAACAAAUCAGGAAUAAGCUGAGGACAGCAGCAUUUUAUAGAUUGAAGAAGAAGGCUAAGAAGUCUAAGAGCACAGAAGCUCCAAAGGAUACCAAAAAGCCAGCAAAGAAGUAAUUGUAUCACAUUUUUGAAAUAAAUGCUCCACCUUUA